AUGCAGUCCACCUUGACACCAUCCUCCCAAAGUUCCUCUCCCCAGCCACAGCGACUACCCGUUAAUCCAAGAAGACACAAGGUCGAUCCGUCAUUACGAAAGCGCGUCGUAAGAGCAUGCAACGCGUGCAACGUUCGUCGGGUUCGGUGUUCUGGAGAACAGCCGUGCCAGCGAUGCACCAAAUCCUCACGACAAUGUGAGUAUCCAGCACCCGAAUCGGAUAAGCACUCUUUGAGAGACGAGCUCGAACGUUUGCGAAAGCGAUGUGCAGCACUCGAGACGGGGUUCAAGAUUGCCGCACCUGAAGAAGCCGCUGAACUCAUUGGCCAGCUCGACCAUGGCGUGCCAGGGCGUUCAACCGCACCGACUUUCCUAUCUGUGUCAAUGGAACUGGAUCAAGCCGAUGCGAACGACGGCCGCCUGCUUGUUGAUCCUUGUGGGACCCCGAGAUUUUUUGGCGAAACAUCUGGAGCGACAUUUUUGGAUUACUUGAAACAAUUCAUGCUUACCUUAGUUCCUUUAACCUUCCAGCCUGAGUCUGCGGAUGGGUCUUCAUUCGUUGCUUCAAUCGGAACAUAUCAGACCUACGACUCGAGACCAAUUCCCAAUCCAAGUGUGGAUCCUCUAUGGCUACCCGAUCAGGAAGAUAUGGCAUUGAUGUUGGCCCAAUUACGAGCAUAUAUUCAAGAUGGCAACGGCGAAUUUCUCUCCGGCGGGAUAUACUGGUGGGGCGAUCUCAGCAAGCUUCCCACAUCUGCAGCCCCUUCGAUGAGUGCAGUGACGACUGAAGACACUCACCGACGCUUGGCAUUUUAUCAUGUCUGCUUCGCCCUGGCUACGUCUGUUGAUCAUGCGGCUUUCCAUCGAUCAGACCAGCAUGCAGGAGGGGCUUUCUUCAAGCGCGCGCGAAAGCUUCUUGGAAACCCUUUGGAUACUGUACGAUUCACUCUGGAUGAUGUGCCGGUCUUGACCCUUAUGGGAUUCUAUUUAAUCGAACUCAACCGCAGAGAUUCAGCUUACGUAUAUGUCAGCCUAGCAAUUCAUAUCGCCAUAAUACAUGGGGCAUUCAGGUCAUGUAAUGACGAAGCGAGUAAACGCACUUUCUGGACCCUAUAUAUAUUGGAUAGAUGGCUUUCCGUACUGAUGGGACGCCCACCGACUCUACUUGAUGAAGCGAUCAGGCUACCUUUACCAAGCGAUGUGCCCUCAAUGCCACCGUGUGCAGGCCUCCGAGCACACGUCGAGCUAUCCCGCAUCUCUGGCUACAUUGUUUGUGAAACAUUCAAAAUCGCCCCGAGACACUACCAACGUGGAUAUUCGACCCUACACGUGGAUAAGGCUCUGGAAUUGCUCGAAGACUGGAAGCUGCAAUUGCCACCGGUACUAGCUGUCCACAUAGACGCUGAUCCUGCGGUUCUCUCUCUGCAUCUAGCUUCGAACCAGCUCAUUGUCCUCGCAACUCGACCGAUCCUACUUGCCGCUGUCAAGCAAGCUGUUGCUGAACGCUACAUGAACGGCCAAUGGUCUGUGCAGCAACACGCGCAUAGCAAAUAUAUUCAAGCUUGCUCAGAGGCUGCCCAGCGUAAUUUGUCGUCAGCUCAACGAUUGCGGUCAACGAGGAAGCUACUGCAGGCCGGUUUGCACUUCGUCUUCAACGCAGCUGUUAUCCUGAUACUAGAUCGGAUUCUUCACUCUUCUAGCACCGAAGCCUCACCGGCUCUGCUCAACACCGCAGUGUAUGCCUCCGAGAUAGACUUUGCCAUGCGCACCUUUGAGGAGGAGUCAAGAACGGGUACCAACUACCCCAGAGACUGCUACAAAGUUUUACAAGAUCUCAAAGCUCUAGUUGAUCGCUACCUGUCUCAUGGCCAUGGACACUUCGAGCAAGGAAAUGACCCUGGUCUAGUCAUUAGUACUCCUGGACCGCAGUACAGUGCCCAGCGAGGCCCAGAAAUCCAAGGAAGUACAUCGAACAUGACAGCAGGUACUGUCUACCAGGAGCUGCGAACCUGGAUGCAAAGUGACGGGCUAAAGCUACAUAACAGCUUACUCAUUUGA